AUGCGACAGCGACUCUAUGUCCUCGGAGGCGGAGAGGUGAAACACCACAACAAGAAUAAUACUGCCCGCCCAGCUUCUAGCGCGCUUGAACCCGUUCUCGAAGCACGGUACAUCAGAGUGCUUUGGGCGGCAUGGUGCGACGCUGUUAUUGCACAUAGCAGCAAGAAUAAAGAUGAAGAUGGAGAUGGUGGGGAUAGUGGUGAUGGUGUUGAGGAACCAUGGCCGUGGGUUCUGGAGUACAUGGGCACAGGCCUUACGACUGCUCAGAAGGAAUGUUUGACUGGAGAUGAGGAUCUGAAACGAGCAGCUCCUCUUGCGGAGGCAGUGUUAUUUGGUAGUGCGAUGCAUGAUGGUUUGAGGGGGUAUGUUGUCAAGAGUGGUAACGGGGAUGGGGAUGCGGAUGCGGAUGCGGGUACUGGUACCGAGCGCGCAGAGCAGAAGAUCGUCCUAUUCGGUACCGACGUCGAGAUGGAAGAGGGUGUGCCAGAAAUCCAGACUUUUCUGGUAAGCGAGAGCGGGUUCACAGCGACCAUUACAGACGUGAAGAUCGAUACCUCAGGCUGCAUAUCGCUCUACACGGCAUCUCCGUCUACAACAACCACAACCACAGACUUGGUCCUGCGCUUUGAGAACUUUUCGCAUCUCCGGCGGUAUCUUUCUUUUGCUCCACAGCCCUUCUCGCGUGCACGGGAAGUAACAUGCCUCCCAUUCACAUCCCCCUCCCCACCCCAACACGUGGUAAACGCUACGACAACAUCUGCUCUAGACGCCAAUAUGCACGUUUGGACUUCGACCAGUGAUCCUAGAUACCCAAAAUGCUUAGGCCGGUCACAUGAUGGCGGGUUCGACAUGUCGCCCUUGCCCUAUCUGGAGGAGUCAUGCAUCCUAAAGGUAGCGGCUGGCGGUUAUAUGAGUGCGGCGGUGAGCUCGGACGGGGAACUGUUUGUUUGGGGUCAGGCGUGUCCUGGAGCAGGUAAGGAACUAGACGUGCUUAAGGUUAGUGAAGGAGUAGAGGCGCCGGUCACAGGGAUUGGUGUUGAUGAGGAGCAGGAUGAGUUUGUCAAGUGCUUGGAUGUGAGGAUAGAUGGACAGGUGGCGAGGGUGUAUGAUGUGGCGGUUGGCCACGGGCAUCUUUUGGUGGCUGCUGAAUUGUGUGAAACGGGAGAAGAGACUAAGAGUGUGUUGUUUGCAGCUGGAGAUGACAGUGAAAACCAGCUUGGUCUUGAAACCGGUGCAGACUUCAAGGAGAGUUUUGAAGAAGUCGCAUCUUUACGAGGCAAGCGAAUUGUUCAGUUAGAAGCGGCUGGAUGGUCAACUUAUGUCGUAUUACUCGAAAAGUAA